UAAUCUUGUUUGAGAAUACUGCUCCCUCUUUCAUUUCUCCAUUUCCUCUCUUCUCUUUGUAGCUAGCACUUUUUUAUUGGUUUCUUCUGUCUGGUUACUUAAUGCCCAAAAUCUCUUCUCCCUCAAGCUAAUACCACUGUCUCAAGUCAACCCCUUCUUCUGAUCGAUCCUUCCUCUUUUGGGUUGGCAGAUAAUGCUUUGAAUUUUUCAUUUCUAUUCUUAUUUUGUGGGUAAUAUGGCAUCAUCGGAAAACUUGGCCAGUUUUGAACCAUUUUUCUUCAGACACACCUUUCCUGACUCAUGGAUAUCUGAAGCUUAUGCUCGUGAUACCGAUGCCUUAACAAAAGCCCUCCAGAAAUCCCUCUCCAACAACAACAACAACAAUAACAAUUCCCUAUUGGAAGUCCUCACAUCUGAUUCCCUAAUCAACCCUUUUCUCAACCUCAGCAACUCCGAAUCCAACGCUUCUCCCAUCACCACCCCUACAGCCUCGAACGUUUCUGGUUCUGAACCCGAAACGCCUUCUGCUCCUCCUCCUAAGCGCCAGCGAAACGGGAUCCCAGCUGCUACUGGCAAGUUCUCGAAACGCAAGUCUCGUGCGUCUAAAAGGUCUCAGACUACCUUUAUAUCUGCGGAUCCGGCCAACUUCAGGCAGAUGGUGCAACAGGUUACCGGCGUUAGACUGGAUAACUCCCAGUUCCCUGUCGUACCUGUGCUUAAACCUGAGCCUCAGAGACCAGGUAGCCGUUUGCGUGGCGCUCCCGGUGGCUUGCCGACUCUGGAUACGUCGGCGUUUUUGCUCGAUCAUCAUCACCACCAACAGCAGCAGCAGAUGGUUGGGGGCGCUACUUCUUCUUCUGGGCCUAUUGUUGGUCGCGACCCAGUAUCUUUUUCUCAGGCUGUUUUAGCUGAUGGUGGGCCUAGUGCUGGGCUAGAGUUCGACACUUUUUCUAGCUUUCCUACACUUGAGUCGGGGAAAGUUAUGUGAUAAUUUUAGCUUUUUCUUUUCUUCUCUUUCUUCCUAUGGAAUUUUUAUUUUAUCUUUCUUUUUUUUCUUGAAUAGGUAUAUUAGAAUGGCCUGUACUUGAGUAGUGGAGGAUAAUGUGUUGGAUCUGUUUAUAAUUUAGUCUGGGGAGGCCUUUUGUUUGGGUUUAGUUUUUCUUCCAUGUCUAGUAAGUAUUUUAUUAAUAUAAUUACUUUAUGUGCA